AGGGGCAGAAAUGAGGAUAGAGAUGUUUUGAAGAACUAUAUAUGUUGCAGUUAUAAGCUGUUUGGCCCCAGAAGAUCCCUUCUGUAGGAAAGUAUUACCGCACGCACAACAUGGAGAUUUUACUGGGACAGGAAGGUCUUCCUGAUGCAAUCUCAGAGAAGAAUAGCGCUGGAUUAUUUAAAGCUCCCUUUGAGAAUAAAGGAGAAAGUGAUGAGAUUGCUGACUUUCUGGAUGCAGACAAUCAUACCGUGCAAGGAAACCAAUGCAAAGGUGUACAAGUCACAGAAUGGGAAGGUGCAGAUGACAUUAUUGGGAAGAAGCAGCAGGAACAAGAGAGUUCUUUGGAAUAUCCCAUGGCCACUGAGUCUCAUGUCGAUAUUACAGCAGUAUUGUUGCCAUCUGGUGGAAUUCAAAGUCAUCCUCAUGCUAACAGAAAAACAAUCACAGAAACUCAAUCCAUCCAGCACGUCAAACGCGAUUCUCCGGCAGAACUCAACGAAGUCAAGUCCGACCAAUCUCAACUUAAUCUCUGUCCAAAAAUAAAUCUACGCGGCAAAAAUAAUUGCACUGUGCCAUUUAACUUUGGGACACAGUCACAGGCUCCAUAUACUACUGAUGCCCUCGAUGAAAAAACAAUAUGUGUUACUCUGGAUGACAAUCAUGUUGAUAUAAAGACUUUGUCCGAUGCACCACCAAGGGAUAUCCCCCAUGACUCUAUUCAAGCUAAUACUGAAUCAGAGAUUGGCUUGAACCAAAGUACUGGACUUACAAAGUACAAAUGUGAAAUAAAUUAUCUGGUGGAACCUGAUAACCAGUUUGAAGAAACCUCCACAGCAUCAGACUACUGUAAACUCCAAAGCCUUACGGAAAAAACUGAAACUUCAGAACUUUGUUUCAAAUCACAGAACUCACAGGGCUCACACAAAACAGAAGAUUCUGACCCGGUGGAAGAAGAGUCAAAAUAUUCAACAAUAAAUGAGGACAUGCCAAGCAAACAAUUGAAUCAGGACAUUUUGAGUGAAAGCACCCGAUUUGACAAACUAGUGAAUGAGAAGUUUGAAGAAGAAGGAGAAAAUAGCUCACUACCAAUAAUAGGAAUAGAUAGCCCACCAGCCACAGCAUUGGAUACAUCAGAAGCUUUUCAGCAUUUACAUACGGUUAGCCUGGAUCUAGAUGAGGAUCUACACGCGUGUUUGCGUCAAAUAGAUAAACAUGAACCAUGUAUAACAUCCGUGCAGAGAGACACAGAGCAGACACAGAAACUGGGUAGUUCCGAAUCACCUAUUGACGUGCAUUCAUUGAAUCUAACAACUGUUGGUAAUUUACCCAAUGUUGAGGGUCCAGAGUUGUUCCAAACAACCAUGCAAUUCAAUACACUAAAUCAGCCCAUAGAGGCUCACAUACAAGAACCAUUGAACCCUGCAAUACGAAAAGUGGUUCACACCCAUGAGGAUCCACAGCAAUUAAUCAAAGCAUCUACACAAAAAAAUGAUCAUACAUCUGGGGAACUGAUAAUUGGCAAAGAAUGUCAAAAACAAUUUGGAGAGUCCAUUCAAGCACACACAUCGGAUCCAAUUACAGUUGAUCAGAUGCGUCAACGUCAUGAUGGUCCAGAAAAUAUUCAGGAGCCUACGGAUGGACAGCUAGUAAAUCAAACCAUUGUAUACCUUAGCAUUUGUCUGGAUGAACAUGAACCAUUCAGCCCACUGAUACAAAAGUUUGAUGACACCGCUGAUGGUCCAAUAAUCAAUGAGAAGUGGCAGAAACCAUCUAAAAUAUCCAUAGAGAAAAUGGAUCAUGCCUGUGAGGAUCUGAACUGUAAUAUGGAGAGGCAGAGCAUUUUGGAUCAGACAGCUAGGCAGAUAGCGGUAUUCAGGCAUGAUGAUCCAGAAUGUCAAGCAUCCAAAGAAAUCUUUGCGUUUGAUGAUCAGGCAGUCCAUAACGCACCAAAAACAGCCUGUCACACAGCUUUGGCGGGGACACUGGGUGGUAACUAUGAAGUAGACUUUGAAUCUUCUGAAGAAACAGACAUUUCUUCAACUAAAAAUACAGGACAACAAGACAGUCUAAGCACCACUAACACAAUAAAUAUCCAUGGUGACGUUACAUCUACAACAGAGGAAAAGAACAAAGCAUGGGCUACCUGUGACAAGGAUGUGUUUAAUACGGAUCAAGUUAGGAUAGAUAUGGAGCUGUCAGAAAUGGAGAACCGAUCUCCAAGUAAUGAGGAACUGGAGUCUACCAAAAGUGGAAAAGAAUCAAUUAUAGAAUCAGAACAGGUACGUGUUGAAGGAAGAAGCCUCAGUCAUAUGGAGCCAUCAGCCAUCACCUUUCCACCAUCCAACGAGAACACAUCCGACUUGAGCUUUCCAGGAACAAAUGACACUCAUGAGGUGGUUGUCAAGACAUCUGUUUCAGAUUCAUAUGGAAAACUGAUAAAAGAAAACAGCGAUUCUUUGUUACACGAGUGCAGGAGAAUAUACCUGGAAACUGAUGGCCAGGGAUUCAACCUGUUGGAUUCAGGGAUUGUGUUAUCCAAGAAAAAAGACAUUGAAGGAGGCCAUGCUUUUGUUACAUUGAGGAAUGGAAAAGAACUUGGAAUGAAGACUCUCGAGUCCAACCUGUUCCUCUAUUAUCAACACGGAAUACAUUUUUACACAACUAAGGAACUUAACGACACCUGGUUUUACGUAAAAGACAGAAUAACCCGAGAAGAAAUGAUAAUGAAAAAGAUUCCUAUAACCAUUCAUUGGGUGAAAAUGCUGCAUAAUUUCUUGUUCCUCCCCUAUCACCCCCUGAACCUGGUUCCAUAUGCUGUGAUAUAUGACAGGAACGGCUUCAUACUGUUUCUCAUGCAGCACAGACAUGUGCUAGCUGUGGGAGAACCACCACCAUCUUAUUGCGUCCAAACGUCUGAUCUAGUGACGAGUAUUUCCCACUACCUGAAAUACUGUAAGAAACACGGCCUGUUUCCUGCAAAUAUCGAGCAAAAUAUAUUGUACACGGAAGAGGGAGCUUUCUUUGAUCCCAGCAGUCUUUGUAAUGUUGAAGAUUCCGGAACAUUUGAAAAAACUGUUAGAGCCGUUUUCAAACUUCUCCUGCGCGCUGAACAGCAGGAACACCCUGAUUUGGAACGUCUAGUAGAAGAGACAGAUUGGUUGAAUGAGAGUUGGCCAACAGACGUCUCCUAUUCAUCGUACGCAGGUCCAGUCCCCUUCUCAUUUCCCAGAUGAAAACGAGAAGAUGUCCUGAUAAACCCAUUUUUCUUUGUCCAAUUUAACCAUGCAGCUUCCUAUUGGUUACUAAUCAUGCUAGUAAGCAAAAUUCCUAUUGGUGGUUUUAAAUGGUGAAUCUCCCAAAAGAUCCUUUUAAAACGUAAACAUGACAUAGUUUAUUUAAUUCUAAUCCCUUUAAAAUGGAAAUUAUUAUGAUCAAAAAAACCAUCAUCACCAAUAUAAUCAUGGCAGGGUUUGUCUAAUCUUUAGGAAGAAAAAGUUGUUGUAUG